GGGAGAGAGGCGCGGAGGACGAGCGUGUUUACUUCUGUCUUCUGAAUCGAUCGCACUCUUCAUAAAACUGCGGUUUUGUCAAUCACUGUGAAAGUAUGGAUCCACUCUCGCUGCUUGCUGUCCAUAUGGACAGUGCUCGAGUUCCAUCGAGGUCAGACAAAGUCUACAAAGAAGAAUGUAUUUUCUCCUUCGAUUCGCCAGUUACUCCCACUGGCUUGUACGUCUGUCUUCAGAGUUUUCUUGGUUUUGGCAAGGACUUUGUACUACCUUACAGCCAGCAGACUGGUCGGCAUCUUUUUCUUCAUUUACAACGGGAAAAAAUACCUAUACCUGUGGAUCAACAAGGUGAUGGCCCCGAGAAAAAGAUCACCCGCCUUGCUAUUGGCGUUGAUGGUGGCUUUGAUCCAGAUUCUGGUCGUAAGAAGUUUGACAUUAAAGACCAUCAGCAAAUAGUCAUAUUACCUGAAUUUGUGACUAUUCCUUGGCCUAAUGAUGAUCUCCCUGAUAAGAUCAAGGCAUCAGUGAAUGGCAUUCUUGAAGCCCAGUCAGUUACAGAAGCUGCUGAACUUGAAUCAUUGACAGGCACAUGGGAUGGAGAAGUGAGAGUCCCUUCAAAGCAUGCUUCAAAUUUGGUCCAGUUGGAUAAUGGCCGAAAAAUUCCUCCUAGUGGUUGGAAAUGUGAAAAAUGUGAUCUUGACACAAACUUGUGGCUUAAUCUUACUGAUGGGUCAAUAUUGUGUGGCCGUAAAUUCUUUGAUGGUUCUGGUGGCAAUGAUCAUGCUGUGGAACAUUACCGGACUUCGGGAUAUCCACUUGCUGUGAAAUUGGGCACUAUAACCAAGGAUGGGAAAGCUGAUGUUUUCAGCUAUGAUGAAGAUGAUAUGGUUGAAGAUCCCCACUUGAAAGAGCACUUGGCUCACUGGGGUAUCAAUAUUGCUAACAUGGAAAAGACUGAGAAAUCCAUGUUGGAGUUGGAGCUCUCUCUUAAUCAGAAAAUGGGAGAAUGGUUUACGCUUCAGGAGUCAGGCAGCCAAUUAAGGCCUCUCUAUGGACCUGGCUAUACUGGUUUGGCUAACUUGGGUAACUCUUGUUAUCUUAAUAGUGUCAUGCAAGUCAUGUUCGCCAUUCCUGAUUUUGUGGAGAGGUUUGUGGAUGAAGCACCCAUUAUCUUUCAUAACAUCCCUGCAGAUCCGUCUUCCGAUUUCAAUCUUCAGAUGGCCAAAUUGGGAACUGGAAUACUAUCUGGUAAAUAUUCCAAGGCUCCCCCAGAAGAUUCCAAGGAUACUGAGCAGGAAGGCAUAUCUCCUGUCAUGUUCAAAAACCUCAUUGGGAGAAACUCUGAUUUUGCAACAAAGAGGCAACAGGAUGCUCAGGAAUUUUUCCUUCAUUUGGUCAACACUCUAGAGCGAAACUGUAGGAAUUCCAGGAAUCCUGCAGACUGUUUCAAAUUUCGUGUGGAGGAACGGUAUGAAUGCUCAGAGUCCAAGAAAGUUCAGUACCAGCAUCGAGCAGAAUACAGUUUGCCUUUGCCUAUUCCUCUGGAAGCAGCCACCAACAAGGAGGAAGUGGCAGCAUAUGAAAAGAGCAAGAAAGAUGCUGAGGAGAAGGGUGUGAAAUUAGACAAUGUCCCCAUUGUGCGCCCGCGGAUCAAGUUAUCUUCCUGCCUUGAUUCCUUCACCCAGAGCGAGAGCAUCAAUGGAUUUUUCAGCACAGCCUGUCAGGCCAAAGUCACAGCCAACAAGACAACGCGGCUCGCCACCUUUCCCGACUACCUCCUGAUCCACCUCAAGAAGUUCACCAUCCAGGAGGACUGGACCCCCAAGAAGCUGGACGUGGCCGUGGAGGUGCCUGACGAGCUGGACCUGAGCGCGCUCCGCGGGCUGGGCAUGCAGGCCGGCGAGGAGGCGCUGCCCGAGCACAGCGCGCCCCCGCCAGCGCCCGUGUACGACGAGUCCCUCGUGUCCCAGCUCCUGGAGAUGGGCUUCCCCCGGCCCGCCUGCGAGAAGGCGCUGUACUUCACCAACAACACGAGCAUGGAGGCGGCCACCAACUGGAUCAUGGAGCACAUCGGCGACCCCGACCUGAGCGACCCGUUCGUCCCGCCCGGCCACGCCCCCGCUGCAGGCAAGGACGGCUUCGUGGCCAACGAGGAGAGCGUGGCGCAGCUCAUGAACCUGGGCUUCUCCCAGGCGCACGCCGUCAAGGCCCUCAAGGCGACGGACAACGCCCUGGACCGCGCCGCCGACUGGGUCUUCAGCCACCCUGAGGAGCUCGACGACGACAUGGCCUCCGGCAGCGGCCAGUCGGCAGAGCCCGAGUUCCGGGACGGCAGCUCGCAGUACCGCCUGGCCGCCCUCAUCUCGCACAUGGGGACCUCCACCAUGGUGGGCCACUAUGUGUGCCACAUCCGCCGUGACGGCCAGUGGGUCAUCUACAACGACAACAAGGUGGCCGUGUCCGAGAACCCGCCCAAGGAGCUGGGCUACCUUUACCUAUACGAGCGAGUCAAGUCAAACUAAAUGUGAUGUUUCAGCGUAACCGGCCGCCCGGCGCCGGCUUUUGUUUUCCUGUAUAGUUUGUGCAUUUACAAAACAAAACCUCCCCUUUCUAUUUUCUGUACUAUCAGUUUCGUUCAUUGUGUUCCCAUUCUUUGCCUCUGUCUUGACAUACCAAGUGAGACAUGGACUGUAUUUUGUGAAGUGGAGACCGUUUUUAAUUAAUACAUUUGUAAAUAAUAAAUAAAAUAGUGCCUAAAUUAA